CCUCAAGGUGUCAUUAACAUGUCUGAAUAAGAUUGCUGCCAAGGGAGGGUCCUUGGCAACAAUAAUUAACUGUUUCGGACCAGAUUUAUAUCCCAAUUAUCCAGGUUCAACUUUCCGGGCGUUUUAAAGUGAAACGGAAAAGUAGACGUGACAAUUUGUGGGUGGCGCUCAAGACCACACCCUCUCUGCAGAAGAAAAUAAUGGUUCGCGCAAUAUUUGGGUCGAGCUGCAGCUUUCAGUGAAGCGUAGUUAGACUCUGCACUUGCUGAUUCUGUGGUUCGGGCAGGCAAACCCUGACUCGGUGUCCAGUUUUCUCGCCCGUGAGAUCAGAAUGGAUCACAAACCCUUGCAUUUAAUUGCGGCAGCUGAUCGUAACAUGGGGAUCGGCAUUUCUGGAAAUUUGCCGUGGCUCCUACCGAAUGAACUUAAUUACUUUCUUUCGAAGAUAACUACUGUCUCUGAUCCAGGCAAGAAGAACCUCAUCAUCUGUGGUAAAGGGAGUGCCGUCAAGGACAGUUUAUCUUUGCCAAACUGCUAUUGUGUUGUAUUAAGCAGAACAUUGUGUUCAGUGCCUGACAAUGCAGACUAUCUCUGCCGGGAUCUGACCAGUGCUAUUCAACUUGCUUCAAUGCCACCUCUAAGUGAAGAGAUUGAAACAAUAUGGGUUAUAGGUGGCGUCAAACCCUUUGAGGAGGCCAUGAAGCAUCCAAACUGUGAUCGGAUCUACCUCACACAUAUCAUGGCUGAAUUCAGCUGCGACACUUUCUUCCCAAAGUUCGACUGGAACACGUUUAAGCUGCUUGAUGAGUUUCCUGGAGUUCCAAGUGACAUCCAAGAGGAAAAUGGCAUCAAAUAUAAAUUCCAAGUCUUUCAAAAGAUGCUCCACCAUGCCCCGUUCUCAGAGGUCGGAAAAGGUUUAAGAAGCACCAGCUCACAUUCUCCCUGAAGUGUGGAUCCUAA